GUGUAUGCCUAGAAACUCUACUAGGAUUGGAGAACUACUUGAAGGACUCUCAGACCCUGAGAAAAUAUUCAGGGCAUUAAACCGUGCCAACAGAAGACUUCAACCACCUCAACAAAUAGACAAAUUCGAAACUGACAUGGGAGACGCAAUCGACCCCAACGGAAAUGGCAGGCAUGAGAAAGUCAACUUGAAUGUCAGAGAAGCGGCACCCCUGGUGCCCGAAGGUGCACUGUAUGACUGGGCACAUCCCACAUCUGACAAUUUGGCUACUGCCAUAGUUGUGCCCGCAAUACAAGCUGAGUCGUUCCAGAUCACAAAUAACAUGCUGCACUUGUUGCAAAACAAGGGACUCUUCUCUGGGACACAACUUGAAGAUCCUCAGCAACACCUGAAGAACUUCCUGUCAAUCUGCAAGACCCAGAGGCAGCCCAAUGUCACUCCAAAGGCUAUCAGGCUAUUAUUGUUCCCAUUCUCGGUGACAGGAGCUGCACAGGUUUGGCUAAACUCACUCCUCAUAAAUUCUAUAGCAACGUGGGAUGAGUUAGUCAAGCAGUUUCAUAACAAGUUUCAUCCACCCAACAAAACUGCCCAACAAAUUGAUGAGAUCGUGAGCUUCAAGCAGAAACCGAUGGAGACACUGCAUGAAACAUGGGGCAGGUUCAAAGGAAUGUUGGUUAUGUGUCCACAUCAUGGUAUUCCAGAACAGAUGUUGGGACAACGAUUUUAUAUGGGACUGUCAGAUGGGUUGAAGAAUAUUGUGGAUGCCUCAGCUGGUGGGGCAUUCCUGAGCAAGACAUGGAGUGAAGGUCAGAGUUUACUAGAUAAAAUGGCACAGAAUUCGGGAUGGACAUCCAGGAAUGCACCCAUCACUCCAGUGGUGCACUCAGUGCCUCUUGAUCCUUCAAACACUAUGGCUGAAAAUAUGGCGACUCUCCUGACACAAAUGAGCAUCCUCACCAAAAAGCCAAUUGGUAAUCCUUGGAAUACAGAGCUUGAUCAUCAUCAUCAGCACCCUGAAGAUAUGAACUAUGUUGCUAACUAUGGGGGUCAGAGACAGGGAAAUCAGAACUGGGGUCAGCAGACUCAGCAGCAGUACAGACCACCUCAGCCACAAUAUAACGCCGGAAACAUGGGAGGUAUGAGACCCCCCAACAACAUGGCACCGUAUCCUAGACCACAGGGGUACAACAAUCAGCAGCAGAGGUACCACCCUCCUCAGCAGCAGCAUGUGCAAGUGGGCCAAAUUUCAAUGUCUCUGAACAAUCGUCCUCAAGGGACGCUACCUGCAGAUACCCAAAUCAAUCCUAAAGAUCAGGGCCCGAAGCAGCUGAUGGCGGUGAGUCUCCGUAACGGCAGGGAUCUCGACGAAGAGCAAGAGAGAGCUCGUGACAAUAUACAGGCUGAGACACUCAUUCAGUUACCCAUUGAGCUUGAUGAAUACACAAGGUUGACAGAUGUGACAGUCCAGCCUGCUCAUCAAGAAAAGAAUACUCCGCAGGAGACCGAGAAAGUUGCUAAAACAGUUGAAGAGCCGGUAGUGGAGAUAGUAGCCGAGAAAGAAAAGUCCCAAGUGAUUGGGAAGAAAAGCCCUCCUCCACCAUUUCCACAGAGGUUAGCCAAGCAUCAAAAGGAUGAGCAGUACAAAAAGUUCUUUGAGAUGCUCAAGCAAAUUCAAGUAAAUAUUCCAUUAAUUGAAGCCUUAAAGGAGAUGCAUGGAUACGCAAAAAUGAUGAAAGACUUAAUGUCCCGGAAAUUUGAUUUCCAAGACUUGGCUACGGUGACACUUACUCAGACGUGCAGUGCAGUGGUAACUAGACUUGUUGCUGAAAAGCUCUCUGAUCCAGGGAGUUUUACUAUUCCAUGUACAAUUGGAAACUUUGCUUUUGCGAAAGCACUCUGUGAUUUAGGGGCCAGCAUUAAUCUUAUGCCCCUGGGCAUUUACAAGAGGUUGGGCAUUGGGAGAGCUAGACCCACCUCUAUGUUGCUGCAGCUGGCUGACAGGACUGUGAAGCGUCCGUUUGGGAUCCUGGAUGAUGGACUUAUUCAGGUGGGGAAAUUCGUGUUCCCUACAGAUUUUGUAAUAUUGGAUUGCAAGGUGGAUGAAGAAAUUCCUAUCAUCUUAGGAAGACCUUUCUUGGCCACAGGGACAACUCUUAUUGAUUGUGAGACCGGGGAGCUUAAGAUGAGGCUCAAUGACGAAGAGAUCAUAUUAAAUGUGCAGAAAUCUAUGAGGCGCCCAAGUGAGUUUGCAAAUUGCUCUCUUAUUGAUGCAGUGGAUGUAAUCGUACAGUCUGAUGAUUAUGUGUUGACGAUUAAGGAUACCCUCGCUGCAUGUUUGACGAAUUUGGAGGAAGUGAACGGUGAGGACUUGGCAGAAUGGGUGUUGGCAUUGGAAGGUAGAGGGUUCUGGGAUAGAGAACUAGAGUUCGAGCCCCUACACUUAGGAAAGAGAGAAACUCCUCCAGCUAAGCCAUCCAUUGAAGAACCACCGAAGCUGGAACUAAAGCCACUGCCAACCCACCUCAGGUAUGAAUUUCUGGGACCCGACUCCACUCUACCUGUUAUUAUCUCACCUGGUUUGUUAGAUGUGCAGGUCCAACAACUUCUACAGGUAUUGAAGGAGUGCAAAACUGUCAUUGGGUGGACCAUGGCAGACAUCAAGGGGAUCAGCCCCGCUUACUGCAUGCAUAAGAUUCUGCUGGAAGAGGGGCACAAACCUUCCAGGGAACAUCAGAGGAGGCUGAACCCAAAUAUGAAGGAAGUG